AUGCCGGCCGCCGUCCAUGACAGCCCGAGUCGCACCGCCCACGAGCACUCGCCAUCCCCUGCCCCCGCCCCUCCCGUAGCCGACUCGCCCGGCCCGCGCGCGACAGCCCUACAGAACAUCUUCGCCCAAGCCCUCGACGCGACAAUCAAGCGCUGUUCCUACGCGAACUUUGCCGCUUGCUUCCCGACCCCUGCCCAAUAUGUCCCGGAGAACCUCGAUGCUUUCUGGCGCGACUUUACCGGCCGAGUGGGAGAUGCUGCCAGGAACAACUUCGACCAGAUCCUUGCCUCCCGCAAUGUCAUCCAGUCUUUGAACUCUCUCGACACCCUCGUUCAGGACGCUAAGAAGUGCAAAGACCGCGCAGAGGCAGAGGCCAACGGCGCCGCUAUCGAGCCACCUACCCCACCACAUACAUUGCCCGCGCAAACACUCGCUCUUGCACACCUCCAGCCUUUCCUCUCCUCCCAAGCCGACACCCUCGGAUCGCAGUUGUCGACCACCCAGAAAGCGAACACUCAGCUGUUGUCAGAGAUACAGGCUCAACGUGCCGAGCUGGCGGCCUUAAUGGGCGGACUUGAGCACGUAGUCAAAGACCUAGAGGGCAGUGUGAGCAUGCUUUCUCAAGAUGAAGUGCAGUCUCUCACCCAAGAGGUCCUUGAAAUUGAUAACGAGCUCAUGGGUUGA